AUGGCUUACAAUAGAUAUCUUUUCAAUUCUUUUGAACACUAUGGCUCAAUUCUACGUGCAAUUCGACCUUUAGUCUUGCAGCUCUUCUUAAUUAGUGGUCUUAUGGCAGGCGGCUCAUUGAAUAGCAAAGUAAAUUUUGAGAAAUACAACAAAUCAACCUUAACCCUAACCUUUGUAUUUAGAUGUCGUAAGAGCAUUUAUGGUGCAGCCAAAGCUUACCGCGAGGUCCUGAGGCCGUUAUGACUCAACACUAGCGAUGACAAGGCGAUUUAUCUUCAUGCUUCGCACCUGUUGUCUGAACCAAAGCAUCAAUCUUUCAAUGCGAAUGCACCCAAUUAAUUUGAAUCUCCUCAAAUGGAUACCGGCGAGCUACGGGCUUGCUUCCAUCUUGCAUUAGACUAUCCGCCUCUCUGCCACGGAGAGACUACACUAAUAAUCUUCAUCCCACAUGCCUUGAUUCCAGCCCAUCUCGCCAGCCUCCUCCUAUCUCAGGAUCCCAAUAUAUGGUAGGGCUUGGCUUGAGGAAAAUCUCUUUAUCAGCUGAGCAAAAGCUUCACCUGUGGAGAAAAACUUUUCCUAAAUAAAAAUAGCUCAGGUCUGUCGAGCUAAUUCCAUCUUUGGCUUAUAUAUUUUCUACUACAAAUCAGCCAAGUCAAUUCUUUACAAGCUAGCAGAAAUAGAAAUCAAAGAAAAUGAGAUUAAUAAAUAA